AUGAGUGAAAUAGUUAAUCAGAGUAAUGUUGGUGAUGAACAACAGCAACAACAACAACAACAGCAACAGCAACAACAACCACCUCUAACAGCAUCAACUGUAAUAACAAAUGAAAUAACAAAUAUUACAAAUCAGAAUGAUAUAUAUAAUAUACUUAAUACACAAACUGAAAUUUUAACUAAACAGUAUGAAACCAAUAAUGCAUUACAUCACUUUAAUGACUACAGUGCACAAAAGUAUGGUCAACUUGUAAAUGAUUUCGAAAAGCAUACAAAGAUGUUGAAAGAAAUGAAGAAAGAUUUAGAUUAUAUCACAAAGAAAACAAAAACAUUACAACAUAUAUUAAAUGAAAAGUUUCCAAAUAUUGGUGUAGUUCAGAAUGAUUAUCAAUUAAUAUUUAGAUAUGUUGAUUCGCAUCUGUGUCAACAUGUUGGAGGUCAUUUGAAUCAUGUAAAAUGGAAUGAAUUGUUAAAGAGUCCUUGGGUUAUGGCCGCCUACAACUACCUUGACUUUCUUAAAGUGUAUUUGGCUGAAAAGACAAAGAUACCAAAUCGUGACCAUGAGAAGUAUGUUCUCUUCAAUGCAAUCAAGUAUUCGUGUUUGGAGAUGCUAGUUUACUUGGUCGAUCAUCUAAAGAUUCACAAGAGAACCAUGGAGUAUAGUCCUGCAAAUAACCAAUACCUCUUCAAUCUAAACAAUCUGCUGUAUAGCUCUGCGAAAUGUGGAAGAUUCGAUAUAAUACACUAUCUCUUAGAGACAUUUCCUCAGUACGAGUGGGCCUAUCACAAAGCUAUGGGUCCAGCCAUUGUGUCGGGUAAUUUCGAAAUGCUUAAAUUCAUAUUUGCCAAAUAUGAAUCGACAUGUAACGACUCCUCUAACACUCUUUUGGAUCCUACAAGUUUGUUUGACUUGGCAGCAGCAGAUGGAAGGAUCGAAAUCUUGGAAUGGUUGGCCACUGACAAGCAGUUGUUACCAUCUCACGGUGACAGUGGUUUGUUUAUAAAGGCAAUAUCUAAUGGUCAUUUACAAACUUUGGAUUAUCUGUUGAAUAAGUACAAUCAUUUGGCUAGAGAUACUAGUAUUUGGGUGGAUUUGGCUGCUGCAAACAAUCAAUUUGAAAUGGUGAAGUAUAUGUUUGACAAGGGUAUUAAAGAGUGUUCAACUAUGGCCAUGGAUCAUGCUGCAUCACAUUCCAACCAAGAGAUGUUGGAAUGGCUGCAUAAGAAUACAACUGGAGGCUGUACAGAUAGAUGUAUGGAUAAUGCUGUAAAGUUAGGCUGUCUUCCAAUGAUUAAGUGGCUUUACGCCAAUAGAAGUGAACGAUGCUCAAGGAAUGCAAUUACAUAUGCUGCUAUUGGAGGUCACACUGAGAUAUUGGCUUGGUUGUGCACAACCUUACCCUCAUACUUUGAGUUUAUCGAUGUUAUAGAGAAAGCAGUGGAGUAUGGUCAUGUCGACACAGUUCAGUGGUUGGUUCAGAAUAGACAAGUAAGGAUUACUAGCCAUCUAUUUGGUAUAGCGGUCAAUAUUAAUGACUUUGAAAUGCUCAGAUUCCUUCAUGAAAACUCAACGGAUCAAUGUAAGUCUGCAUUGAUCGAUAUAGCUUCCAACUACGAUUCGUUGGAAAUCAUUAAGUACCUGCAUGAAAAUAAAAUUGGCAGGUGUACCGACCUUGCACUCGAGAAUGCAGUCAAAGCAGAUAGACUACAUAUCGUGAAAUGGUUGACCGAAAACAGAACUGAGGUGGCAACUUGCAAUGCAUUGGAUUAUGCUGAGAGUUUGGAAAUGGUCCGUUAUCUACACGAAAAUUCAAUUGGCCAAUGCACUACAAUGGCUAUGGAUAAUGCUAUAUACACUGAAGAUGGUACGUUGCCAAUCGUAGAGUAUUUGCAUCAGAAUCGCACUGAAGGUUGCUCUGACGAAUCAUUCAUCUUUGCAAUUAAAUACUGCGAAUUGAAAAUGAUAAGAUUUUUAUUCAAACACAAACCAGAGUACCAUCACCAUAUUUUGGAUCGAUCAGUAAUAUUACAUCUCAUAAAUUCAAAUCGUACAACAACUCUAGAUUGGAUAUUUGAAACCAUGAAUAUAACAAAAGAACAACUCAUCGAGUAUAGCAAUUUGACAGUAGAUAAAUCAGUGGAUAUCAUUAAACUAUUUGAUACUCAUAUCAAUAAAAUAACUUAA